UGUGCAACAAACUUCGCAACCUACCUCUUCUUGUUACUUACAAAUUCAACAUAUUAUCAUAAUAUCGUAUGAUUCCAUAAUCCCAUACAAUGUUUGUAUAUGCUAAUUGAAUGGAAUUAACCCUGCUCAAAAACCAAAAAAGAUUUUUCGAACCAUCUUCUUGCGCAGGAGAUUUUCGUACAAUCUCAGCAACGAAAACCUGACCACCCCCACCAUGUUGUGGGCACGGUAUAGUAGCAGCUAUAUAGCUGAAAGUGUGCGCGCGCGAGUCGAUACGAUGAUGAUGAUGAUGAUGACGAAAAACCAACGGGGCCUUCGUUCUCUCCGGCCCGCUGGCUGUCAGGUAUUGUAGAGGUACUGCGCAGCGCUGAUACACCUUGGUUGGAACCACCGAGUGAGACAGAGUUCACAACACGCAACUCACAGUAUGCAUGUGGGUGCGAGUGAGCACGAACGCGAAUCAACUAUUCCCCCUUAGUAUACGUGCAGUCAAAAAAAAAAAAAACGGCGAUCGACUGCUUCGCUGGAAAGAGAUAACCAAUUAUAAAGUGUAUUUUGUAAAAUUAAUGAAAAAAUUUGUAUUCGUUUUGUGGUGCCCGUCGAGUUCAGUUUCGAGUCGGACGUUCAGCGGGACGGGAACGCUGAGUGGUUAUGCGAAAGAGCGAGCGUACGCGCGAUCGAACGCUUCUUCCAAUAAAACCGCAGUAGUUUUGGUUCUUCCAUAGGGUAUGCGCGAAUCGAUUACUUAUUUGUGGGUGUUUUUUUAUCGAUUUGCGUUGACAUUUGUUGCUUGAACGGUAUUUAGGUUUUCGGGAGUGGUGAGAUUCACCUUUAUCCGGUGGGAUUCCGAAGACGAGGUUCCGUGCUUGAUUGUGUGAUUUCGACAGUGAAUAGUGGAUUGUGGAAGAAUUCUGUGCCUCCCAUCGAAGCCCGAAGAUCGAGGUAGUGAUGCAUAGCUGAUGAGGAGGGAUCCGGUAUCGAUUGGAGAGAGAGCUAUACCGUACGGGUUGGCUCGCUAACUCGCCAACGUGUGAUAAUUGUGGGAAAGAUUUAUGCCUGUGUACAGUGUUUGGUGGACCUAGCGGAUCUUCGCCGGCUGCUCCGAUAGAUGGAUAGAUAGAGAGGUCUGAAAACAUCAGUGAAAUUCAUUGUUCUCGAGUGCUGCCAAGUUUGAAAACAAUAAGCCGUUUCCACCACGUUUUAUGAGCUGUUUGCCGUAGUAGCUUCGGCCACUGAAGAGAAACGAGAAGAAAUACGAGCUGAUAGCACAAAGUGAUAGUUGAUAGUGAAUUUCUAUCCUGACAUGGAAUAGUGAAACCACCAUCCGAAGAAGCGAGCUAGUAGCAUAUUACAACGCCUGUCUGCCUCCCGCCUCCCUCCCACGCAGGAAAGGGAAAUAGUGCCAGUGUGACGCGAUGCGUGAAAUUUAGGUGUUUUACAUCGACUUCCAACCGGGCCGGCAGCGAACAACGGAUCCAUUUGUAACCGAGUGCUUCAAUUACGACGAGUGAAUGGAAAACGACGUCUACCAUGUAUCUGGUUUCACUAUUGGUUCAAGUGCCAUUUUGUGUGUGCGUGUGUGUUUGAAGCAAGUGUAAUCGUACCGUGAAAAUAUCAACAUCGACAACAAGAAAAUAUCAUCAAAGCAUAGGCCAAAGUGAUACAGCCAGUGAGUGCAAGUUUCAAAUGAUUUCACCCAGCUCUGGUGGUGAAGAUCAUGCGCGAUAUUAGCAAAGUGGAAAGUUAACCUAAGCCCCCAAGUAGAUACAACGAAAAUUGCAUGAAGCGAGACGAGGAACGUGCUCGCAAGAUGUGGAGGGAUAUCGGUGUGGCUGCAAUGCAGCAGCAGCAGCAGCAUGGCCCAAACUCUCUACAUCACCACCCGCACUACAACGGGAACGGUCCCGGUGUUCCGGGGACACCCAACAAUCCCCACUGGAACCAACCGGGUUACCGCAAUUCCUACAGUUUACCACACCCUAGCCAGAGCCCCGGUCAAAACGGGCGCUUCCAGCAGCACUACGAAAUCAAGCCCCUUUCACAGUCUCCAUCGUUUCAAGAGAUUUCAGCUGGGAACUACAACGGAAGUUCCCCGUACCCCAUUAAGUCGAGGCCUUUGUCGAUGUACGAAAUCGGCAAUGGCUCCCCUAGCCAACAGUUGCAUUCUCUACCUCCCAACUUUGUGCCACAUCAGAACAGAUCGAACGGUCGGCCAUCUAUGGCGGGUCCUCCACCACCUAACCCGCGACAGCAACUACAACAGCAACAGCAGCAGCUGCAGCAGCAUUCCAACGGCCUACGACAACAGCCGGAAGAAUUGAAAGUCGAUCCGGAAUUAAUCUUCACAAAACAGGAACGAAUCGGAAAAGGAUCUUUCGGCGAAGUAUUCAAAGGCGUUGACAACAGAACACAGCAGGUUGUGGCGAUCAAAAUAAUCGACCUAGAAGAAGCAGAAGAUGAGAUCGAAGACAUACAGCAGGAAAUUAUGGUGCUAUCACAGUGCGACUCCCCGUUCGUCACAAAGUACUUUGGGUCAUAUCUUAAGGGUACCAAGCUAUGGAUCAUCAUGGAAUACCUCGGUGGCGGAUCGGCCCUGGACCUGAUGAAGGCCGGUCUGUUCGAAGAAAUGCACAUAGCCAUCAUCCUGCGGGAGGUCCUGAAGGGUCUCGACUACCUGCACUCGGAACGAAAGCUCCACCGUGAUAUCAAGGCAGCGAACGUGUUACUCAGUGAGUUGGGCGAUGUCAAGCUGGCGGAUUUCGGCGUGGCCGGACAGCUAACCAAUACCACCUCGAAGCGGAACACAUUCGUCGGGACGCCCUUCUGGAUGGCACCGGAGGUGAUCAAACAGUCCAUGUACGACUCCAAAGCGGACAUCUGGUCCCUGGGGAUAACCGCAAUCGAGCUUGCCAAAGGUGAACCGCCCAAUUCGGAGCUGCACCCUAUGAGGGUACUGUUCCUGAUCCCGAAAAACAAUCCCCCUCAGCUGACCGGCAGCUAUACCAAGCCAUUCAAAGACUUUGUGGAAGCGUGUCUUAAUAAAGAUCCGGAGAAUCGACCUACGGCGAAAGAGUUGUUGAAGUUUCCCUUCAUCAAGAAAGCGAAAAAGAACUCAUACCUGAUCGAUUUGAUAGAUCGGUACAAGAAAUGGAAAACGCAGAAGGGAGAGGAAAGCGAGACCGAGUCGGAAAAUUCAGACUCUGAGGAAUCGAAACCGGACAGCGACCUGGACGAGCCGUGGAUCAUGACGGUCAAGGGCAUGCACUUCAACAACUUCAACAAGGGAGGUUCGAUGGACGAUCCACUUGGGACACCGGUGAAACAUAACGGCACCAGCAACAACAUGAUGAUGCUAGGCAACGCGAGGGAUCGCGAUCGAGAUAGAGACUACAACCUGAACCAGCAGAAAUCCAGUCAGCAUUCCAAACAGCCACGAACACCCACGUCGCCAUCACAUCAGUCGCAGACUUCGUCGGCGCUGAUUUCCUCCAACAGCAAUUCCAACAGCCGAAAGCAACAGCUAGUCUCGUCGGAUCGAGAGCCCACGUCACCGCAGAAGGACAUCGGUCACUAUCCAAACGAUCGGGCAAGUCUAGAACGGCAACGGGAAAGCGAGAAGGAACGGGAAAGAGAUCGAAUAGAGCGAGAGCGUGAACGUGAGCGGGAACGUGAACGGGACCGUGAUCGGGAGCGAGAACGGGAACGGGAUAGGGAUCGGGAACGUGAGCGGGAGAGGGAAAGGGAGAGGGAGAGGGAGCGGGAACGGGAACGAGAACGGGAGAAGGAAGUCGAGCGGGAGAACAAAGAAAGGAGAGGUUCAAAGGAGGUGUCCAAUCAUCGGGGAGAUGGCGAGGAAAAGAUCAGUAGUUUGCGACGAGAACGCGAAAAUAGUCACAGUAAUGGUAAUCCCAGAAGCAACAGUAUUACAAAUGUAAAUAAUAACUCCAAGAGUCGGACAAACAGCGGUUGCCUGAAGUCGAUCAUUUUCCCCCUACUAUCGGAGAUGCAGCGAAGUUACUCCAGUUCCAGUAAUGCGGAGCUGAGCGACCUGCGGCUUGCGUUCGAGAAGGCCGAACUGACCUGCCCCGGGGUGAACGAUCUGUUUGUGAAGGAAAUCAUCCACAAGCUAGUGCCCGGGUUCUCCGAAACCCGGAUCAAUACGCUUAUAGACAAAGUGACGCGAGAUUCCAAAAUGAGGCGAUAAAUCGUUGAGUGUUGUUGUGUGCAUUGUUUAUGAUGGUGUGGCCCGUAUUCGUAGAGGUUUGAGUGUUUCGAUUUUCCGUUACUGUCGAAUUCCUCCGACAGCCCCCGCUCGAUCGAACAUGUGUAAGUGAGAGUGGGAGGGCCCAAAUCCGGAACCGAGGGAACCAGCUACAUGUGUGCGUCACGGACUGGUAACGAUCUACUUUUCGCCCGAAAAAAAAGAAUUACAACAAUUGUCAGUUAUGAAAAUUAUCGGCUAAAGAGAAUGGGAGACGAUGAAUGUAAAUAACUUGCUUUGUUUUGAGAUGGAAAACUUGAGAUGAUUAACAAUAUUUAUUUAUUUUAAACAGUCCUGUUCUUUUACUGCAAAUAGUUAGUUUUUCAUUCUUUUUAAUCUAUCACUGUUGGCUAGCCGGAUAUAUUUUUUUCCCAACAAAAACCAAGAUAAAUCACAAGUAACGUGUUAUGCAGUAUCGAUAAUUAAAGAAGAAAAUGUUUACAGCAAACUGAUAACUUAUGACAAUAUGACCUUUUUCAAUACAGCAGUAGACGAUUGUAGUAGACUAGCAUUCAUUAUCACCAUCAUCAUCAUCGUAGAUCAGUUCAGUGCACUCGAGAAAGACGUUGAAUUUUUCUCGUAAAUGCACUCUUCCCGUAGACCAACCUGUUAGCUCUAUUGCCUACAGAGUCGUUUCGGAUUUUUGGAUCGUAGUUACUUUCUUCUGUAAAUAUUCUGUACAAAUCUCUGUUUCGUAGAAUUUUCUAUGCCCGUGUUGUUUCCAAAAACUGAUAUCAGAAAUCUUCCAUUAGAUUAACCCCUUAAAAAGAUAGAAUUGUUCUAACCGUGUUGGUUCAUUUGAAAGAAACUUUUUCAACAACUGAUUGCGAAACUUUGAUUUUUCUUCAUCAUCCAGACGAAAUCCUACAUCAUCCUCCAAGAUGACCGUUCUUUACUAGGGUGCGUUUGCCGUUUGCCGUACACGUACACCUGCGCAGUUUUGUUCAGUUUUUUGGCAUUCCAUCUAAUCGAAUCGUUGUUGAAAAUUCUGUUUAUAAUUUUUGUCGCGAUUUUACCCUAAAUAUCCCUUAGCUUGAAUUACGUUUUUAUAUGACACUUAUGUUUUCCUUGUUUUAUUACGCUUUUGCAUUUUUGUUGAUCAAAAAUUGUUUUCCCCCAUUAAAAAAAAAACGAAUGAGAUAGGAUGCUGUCCACUAUGGCGAAAGCAGUGAACUUAGUCAGCAGCUAAAUGUUAUUAAGCUAUGUAGUUAGUUUCGUUAAACAACUUCCCUUCACCUCCAACAUACACAAGACCAUACUAUAGCGAGAAAGAGCGGAGCGAGCGGAAUACAAUUGGAUAUGAUAAAGAAAUAGUUAUCAAUGUAGUCUAGUGAGGAGAAGGAAUUACGGAUGGAAGCACGUAUGUUAUAAUAAUUUUAAUAUGAAUUCUUCAGUAUGUAAUAUUGACUGUAAACAAAAUGUGGACUAGGAAUUAGCUGUGAAUGUAUAGGUACGAACGUUUUCCUCAAGUAGGGAAACAAGUAAACGGACGAGAAAUGUGUAGGAAAGGAUAGAAGGGAAAUAUGUAAUAUUUAAAUUGAUGCAUACGGAAGGAUACUAAUUUAACUAGGUAUAUUUAACUAAAAUCCAUUUCGAAAAACACGCAAACAGUUUGAAAUUUACGCAACAGUAAACAGAAAACCAAGUAUAUAUUUCAGGAAGCAUACAAACAGCUAAACAACUGUUAAAAUAAUUAUAACAAAACAAAAUAACAAAGGAAAACAUCAAUAGACUUCGACAACUUGAGAACAUUGCAGUAGCAGGAAAGCAGUUCCUUGUUGACACGUACACGAGAAAGAGAGAAAAUAUGUAUAAAGUAAAACAGUGAAAAGGAAAAAAACGAAGCCCCGGGUAGAGGAUGAUCCAAGGUAACAAGAGGAAUACAAAUUUCGAAAACAUUAGUUGGUUUCUAAAAAAAAAAAAAAAUACUGUUCCGGUAGAGCGGCGCUCGUUCACGUUUCGGACGUAUGCUGCAGAGGAGUAACAUGGUAGUUGAACAAAUUCCUUUGAAACGUUUGGAUACUGUGUCGAGAGGCGAAAAAAUAACAAUAAAAUCAAUCGUAAAUGAAGCAUUGAUAAUCAA